UUACGUUACGAUCAUUACUAAGUAAGAUACAUCAUAACUAAAUAUCUCUUUAAACAAUCAACAUGAAAACGUACACGAAGUUGCAAGUGUUAGUUAUGUACUGUUAUCUGUGCUUACAUUGCGCCUCGGGAGACCUAGUUGUGUCUCCGCCUUUUGAAUUUCGAAGAGAUCCACGGGAAAUAGGAGCGAAUACAUUAUCGCUUCCGAAUUCAAAUCUUCCUCCGCGCGCGUAUCAUGUGCCUCAGCAACAGAUAAUUCACACUGGCGCGAUGCAAUCGCAACCGGUGCCAACUGCAGAAAAAGUUGCAAUGGAAAAUUCCAGAUUCUCAUUCAACAGAUUUCUCAACUCAAUGAAUGAAUUUUCUGGUAUAAAUGAAGAGGAAUAUCAAAAAUUACGAGCAUCCAAUCACGUUGACGAGGAAAGUAAGUUCAACAUUCCAUCCUCUAAUGGCUUUGUGCGACAAAAUUUAGAUUCCUGGACACCGACGAUUCACGACUCAGCUUCGAUAUACUCACCUCCUACGUCGAUUCAACAUCAAUCAACAGGCAAAGCUUCACCCAAAUUUAAUUUAAUGGAGCCGGUUACGACAAAGAUGUCAAGUAAAAUGAGCGGGCUAAUGGGGUUGAUUCUCACUCUCCUCGGGUCCGGUUCAGAUAAUUUACUUAUGACAGGGUUUAAAGAUGUUCUUAUUGAUGGCGUAAUAAAACCGCUGUUAGUUGCUAAGGGUGGGCUGAAAAUGUUGAUAAGUAAACUAGCGAUUCCCGUGGUAGCGUUGGUUUUAAUAAAUGUGGAGGUUUUGAUAACCGUUUGGUGGUUGUGGGAUGACUGUCCGGCACCGCAACCAAUGCCAUACCCACCAGCUUAUCCGCAACCAGUGACUAACAACUAUGGUUAUAAUUCCACGUAUUAAGUAGGUAAUAGAAUUUUUUUGCCUUUUCUUCCUAAAUAUUUCUGUUACAGUGAUUAGGAUUAUUAAAAUGUUAUUUUUACUAUAAAUAAUUGUACGAGUACCUCAUAAUAAGUACUAAACAUAUAGUUCUAUGUGUUUACUGUCAAUUGAAUAAAAUAAUUAUUAUUAAUUUUUAAGAAAAGUUGUCGGUUUAUAUAAUUUUAUGUAUUUAAUAAAAUGUUUUUUGUA